AUGGAGUGCCGGCUAUCCAACAUGCAGAUGUUGGAGAGCUCCAAGAACCUGUCCUUCCUAGGCAGAAGGUCAUUAGUUCCGCGUCCAUUGUCCGAAGCGACUGAUAUCGAGACUGACUUUGAGGAUGACGAAUCAUCACCGUUAUCAAUGGAGUCGAUGGACAACGAUAGCCAAACCACAGUAUCAGAUGGAUUACAAACGCCAGCUUCGGCAGUCCUCGAGGGCUUCGAAUUUCACUUGGACCAGAAGCCAACCACCAAAGGCCCAACCGGACCGCAUCUUUUCCGAGCUUCGUCAAUAGAGUCGAUCAAUACUGCACAAUCACAAGAUCUAGACUUCUACCUAAGCAUGUCUCCAAUCCACGACACCACACCGAAGCAGCAGAAUCGGCCUUUGACCUCGCUGAACAAUGCUGUUGCUGAGCUUGACGAGUCCCAAGUCCGAACGUGGUCCCCUCGGCAAGUGGCCAGCUGGAUGCGCGAUGCCGGUUUCGACAGCAGCGUUGUCCAGAAAUUCCUCAUCCACGACAUCUCUGGUGUCGUUCUUCUCGAUCUACAGUUCGAAGAUCUCCGAGAACUUGACAUCACCUCCUACGGCAAGCGACAUCUCGUCAUGAGCUCGAUUCAGCAUCUCCGAAACAGCAGCAUGCUCUCCGCCUCUCCUGUCCUUUCGUCCUCUCAUUCAAGCUCUUCGUCUCGUCGCCGUGCCCGACAACAGCGCCAACAGACUUCGGACGAUAUCUCUCCUGCCGAGUCUGUUUCGAUCGUUGCUAUUGAGCAGCUCCUCCCCAAACCACACAAGUGCUCCAAGGGUGAGAACUGCUCGAAGUGGCAGAGGCAACAACGAAAGCUUCAGAGACUUCGAGAAGAGUACCCGAUUCAGACUGAGAGUUCAGUCAUCAGACCAACCUCAGAAGUCGUACCAUCGAUUGUUGCCUCCUCUGAUGUCCUUGGACAAAGCCAACUCCCUACCCUCAGCCUCACACCAGAGACCCUCGGCGAAGUUCGACCGCGUGAUCCCCAGGAGAACGUCCGUCACUUCCUCAAUCUUCAACACGUGGACGUGGAAACCUCGUCACAGCCACCCCAGCAAACCAUGAACCUGUCCCAGAAUCUGCGGCACCUGCCCAGGCUUACUAUUCCGGCCGAAGUUCCUGCCCUUACACCCCUCACUCCCCGCUCGGCCACUCCUGCACGCCGGAGCAGAACCCCGAAUUCAGCUCUUCGCCAUCAUGCAAAGGUCGAGCUCCAGAACUAUCCUUACCACUAUGGUGGUAUAGCUUCUCCUGUCGAUCUUUACCGCGUCAACACAGCCUUCUCCGCCACAGACGUUCCCGUCACAGCAAUGCCUGUUGAUCCUCUGGACCGCGAAACCUCUCAAUCAGUCCCACCCAACAUGCGCUAUGGCGGCGUCCCUACUCCACCCAUCGCUGAACCCCUUCAGCGACCACAAUCCACCCAACCCCGCCACCAUCGCCGUCAGCCCUCAUUUGUACCUAGCAUCGCCCCCCUGGUUGAGUCUCCCGGUACUGGCCCCUGUCACCUUGCGUCUUCUGCCAGCCUUCCAGAAGCUGAGGUCAUCUCUGGCCUCGCCCAUUCUGGUUCCAUGCGUAAGCGCAAGACCACCAAGCUCGUUCGCCACGAAUGGCAGGACCAUCAUUUUACGUUGAAAGGGACCCAGCUAGCCAUGCACAAGGACGAAGCUGCGGCCAAGCGCGACAGUCUUGCUCUGGAGCGAAUCGACGUUGACGAGUACGCUGUCGCCGUCUCGAGCCUUGCCUCUUCCAGCAAGCUCAGCACUGCCUUCAAGAAGUCCAUCCUUGGCGGUGCAGGCAAGGGGUCUAUGGAGGAAAAAGCCUUUGCCUUCUCUCUCAUCCCCGCGGACGGCAAACGUCAGUUCUUCGGUGAGGGUAAGAAAAGCCAUCAUUUCUCUGUGCAGACACGAGAUGAACGCAUUGACUGGAUGCGUGAGAUCAUGCUGGCCAAGGCAUUGAAGAGGAGCAAAGCGAUGGGCAGCGAUGUCCGCAUCUCGGGCAAUCUGAUUUAA